AAUACCCUGUUACGUAGAGAUGCUGUACAGCAUUGUAGCAAAUAAGACAGUCCAUGGCCAGAUUACUCCAUCUUUGAAGUAUAACAUGACUGAAUUGGUUGGGGUAGGGGGCAGGAGGGGACAGAGAAAGUGUUCUAACAAUCACCAUAGUGAUGCAGUUCUGCCAUUUAAGCUUUACUCUAGCAUAUUAAACCACAGUAACUGUGUUGGUGUGCUCUGUAUUUGUAUAAUUUUUUUCCAAUACAAUGAAAUUUUAAUAACGUCAUCACUGCCUUCACUCAUUCACAUCUUGCUCCAGUGCCCACAGAUUAAGUUGGUUCAGCAGGUCACUGGAACUUCUCCGUAUUUUCUGUUCUUUGCACAGUUGAUGCCUGGUUUUACCCUACUCAGACUUCCUUAAAAGACAAUGGGAAUUCUGGUAUUAUUUUAAAAAAAUUAUCUAAUUCCAAGCUUUAGCAUGCUCUGUUUAUCCUGAGGUCCAUAAAUCUCUUGUAAUUAGCAAGCUAAGCAAACACUUGAGUUCAUUCCUAUUCUAGUAAAUGCAAUCAGUGCUGCAGGCUAUAGUAACAUCGCUAAUACUUACUGAUAAAUGUGUGUGUUUGCAUCUGUAUCUGUACGUCUGUGUGUACAUCAGUAAGUGAAAUAAAGAUAGGUAGCACCAAUAAGCUAAUAGGAAGUAGCAAUAGUAGAAAUGUAGUUUAAUAUUAAAAUUUAUACUUAUUUUUUAAUCUUAGUACUUAAACCUGCUAAAUAUAAUUAAUCCUGUAGAAAAAGAAGUGAAACUAACUCUGCUGUAGUGAUAGAUGUUUCCAAAAUCUCAACCAGGAUUUGGACCCAUUUUUGGAUCAGUGAAGAACUGCUCUUGUGGUGAGAUUGUUAAACAAAAAAACCUGAAGUACAACAAAAUUAUAUUAGGAUUUGUAAGAAAUUUAAUAUGGUGUCAGCAAAGAGGUUUAAUACCUCUUAGACUUGUGGACUUAAUCUUGUUGACUUACAGGCUGCUUACAUGCUUAUUAAGCAAGUGCUGAAGUUGAUUCAUGCAUUAAAGAAGUAACAGUCAGGCUAAGGGCCUCAAGUUGGAGGUGAGCCAAAACUGAAGAGUACAGUCAGCCAGCCCUCUGUGUUGCUGUCUCUGUCUUGCUUUUUCUCUUUUUUUUUUUUUCCUCCUCCUUUUUAUUUGAGACUAGAUGUAAGGAUUAACAAAUGUUAAAGAAUAAUGCAUUGAACAGCAGCCUUCCAGCCAGGGCCUGCACCAGAAUACAUGCUUCUGAGAAGGCUGACGCAUUGAAUUACAAGGAAGAACAUUAUUGUGUUCAAAGCCAGUAAAACAUGGGUCUAAUUAAAGGCAGAAAUCAUAAUGUCAGUGAAUAGCUGUGACUAUUAACAGGGCAAUAUUUGCCUUCCUGCAGGUGACUGCUAUAAAUCCUCCUACACACUCACAGCUCUGCAUAUUUCUACGUAUGUUUACAGAGCAGCUUGUGUAUUUUCCAGAUCAGUUGGUCUUACCUACUGAAAGAUGGAAUGUCAGAAAUCUCCUCUUAAAAGUCCCAGAUUUUCCUGAAGAAAUUUGCUGCAAAGAAGUGGCUUUUAUUGCCGGAGGAUGUUUUUAAGGACUACUAUUUUAUUUUUUUUUAAAUGCGCAUGCGUAUGUUUGUGGAAACACGCACUUUUCUUCUGAUUUUGGAUUUCAAAUGUGUUUCAUAGAAUCCAGAAGAUUGUCUGUCCUCUGUCAAUAUUUGUGACUGGUUAAUGAUCAACCUUUUGACCUCGUGGCUGUUCCUGGUGUCCAUCCAAAUCUCUCUCCUGUCUUCCCCUAAAAAAAUAAAGAAAAGAAAAAAGAAAUCAGCAGAAAGUUGGAGUAUUCUGAAUGCUCACUAAAAUGGAGAGCGGUUCCUCACUUGUGAUGUUUCUCCUACUGAUGUGCUCCAUCAGCAGCAGCUAUCCGUUUUCAUAUUCAGUGUUUAUGAGAAAAGACAAAGCGCAUGAGGUGCUGAAAGUCCAUAAACGUGCCAACUACUUUCUAGAAGAGAUUCGUCCAGGGAACUUGGAGAGAGAAUGCAAUGAGGAGACGUGUUCAUUUGAGGAGGCUAAGGAGAUCUUUCAUUCACAGGAGAAAACGAUGGAGUUUUGGUUCAAUUACAAAGGUUUAAACCCAUGUAGUACAAAUCCCUGUAACAAUGGUGGAGUCUGCAAAAUAAGAUACUACAAUUACUUUUGCAUCUGCCCCCCAAAAUUUGGAGGAGACAACUGUGAAAAAGAAAAGUUUGAAUGCUGGUAUAAGAAUGGUGGGUGCUGGCAGUACUGCAGGGACAGCAGCAGCGCCUUUCACGUGGUGUGUUCCUGCGCAAAGGGUUACACCCUGCACGAGGAUGGGAAGAGAUGCGUGCAAGCAGCACCAUUUCCAUGUGGCUUGAUUAAAGCCAGGCAGGCUCUGGAGGCAGCAUGGCUGGGGCAGAAAAGGCUCCGGAGGGGACUGUGUGAGCAGGGGUAUGACGUGGCCAAGUGGAAUGAAAGCACAGAGGGCACAAUUAGGCAAACAGAGCUGGAACAAAGUGCUGUUGGGGAAAAUGAGACCUUAAAGGAUGCCUUUGGGGAGAGUCUGCGCAUGGAGGGUGACGCUGGACAAACCAAGGUGGCAGGAGAGGCUUCCAGCUGGAACAAGACACUGGUGGACUCUGUCACCCAGAAGCCGGUAGGGGAUGGUGCUGCUGGGCAGGAGGUGGCCAUCCCCGAGCACCAGGAGGCAGUGGUGGGGACCAGCAGACCUGGGAGAGACCUAGCUCCGCAGAGUGAGCUGACCCAGGGUCCUGUGUUGUGGAAUGAGACCACAGUGCCUGCUGGCCGGCAGAAGGAAAGGGUGGAAAACACUGCUGGGCAAAGCCAAACAGGGGAGGGCGCUGGCCAGAACAAGACGGGGGCCGUGCAAUCCGUGCGUGAUGGGCUUCAUCAGAGCAGUGACUGGGGAAAUGUUUCGGCUGUGCCUCAGUUCGGCCGGAUAAACAUCAGCUCUACUUCAGAGCACAAUGACGCCAGGAUAGCGGGAGGAACUUUGUGUCAUCGUGGACAUUGCCCCUGGCAGGUUUUGAUCCGGAAUAAUAAAGAUACUGGCUUCUGUGGAGGGAGUUUAAUCAGCAGCCGCUGGGUGGUCACUGCUGCUCACUGCCUCGAUCUCAUCCGCCCACACCAUGUUACUGUAGGAGACUUUGACAAGUAUCAAAGAGAAUUCAAAGAACAGAAGAUUGACGUGGAACGGAGCUGGACACAUCCACAUUAUGAUUCCAAUCACUACAACAGUGACAUCGCCUUGUUGUACUUGAGCAGUGAUGUUAUUUUUAAUGAGUAUGUAAGUCCCAUCUGCCUUCCAAGCCCCAGCCUUGCUACCCUGCUCUCCGAAGAGGGAAGAAUAGGGAUGGUAAGCGGAUGGGGAGCCACUCACAACAGAGGGUCGACUCUGCGCUUCCUCAUGAAGGUCCGGCUGCCCAUUGUUAACAUGGAGACCUGCCAGCGGUCGACAGACAGACUUGUUACUGACAACAUGUUCUGCGCCGGUUAUGGCACUGAAGCUGCAGACGCCUGCAAAGGGGACAGCGGUGGCCCCUUCACUGUGUCGUACCACAACACUUGGUUUCUCUUGGGGAUUGUAAGCUGGGGCGAGGGCUGUGCUGAAAGAGGAAAAUAUGGCGUAUAUACAAAAGUAUCCAAUUACAUCCCAUGGAUAAAAGAGAUUGUUGAAAGCGUAGCAGAUUCAGAAACCUUUGCCAUUAACUUUUCUUAAUAUCAUCUUUAAAAACAGGGACAAUUCUAUUAUUAUGGAGUGUUUCAGUCUAAGACACUAUCCAGCUCCUGUCCUUAAUGGUGUAAAAUCAAGAUGAUCUUCAAAGACAUUGUGAGUGUCUACCAAAAAGGUUAAAUUGUUCAUUCACGUAUUACUGAGUAAAACACUUGUGUAUAAUAACUACCCUGCAUAUAACAAAAGGCGAAAACUACAACGUUUGUUAAUGUAAAUUCCUAUCAGAAAGGU